AUGUUAACACAAAUAGCCUUGCUUAUGAGCUAUAACCAAACCUAUUGGCAAGAAAGGUAUAACGGGCCUGUUAUCUUCCGCAAACGACCUCACCAAUUCCAAAGGAUACGGAAGUUGAUCGUCAACAUGGAUUGUAUUGUGCCUGUGGAAGAAGUACCACAAGUUCCUGCCGGCCGCCUACACACCUCCUACCCUCCCCUCCCCUCCUUCCCUCUUCCUGGAGGCCUUGCAAAUGUUUCGCGGCAUUGGAUGCUCCCUUCCCCCCGAAACGAACUAGGCCUCAAAUGUCGUAGGAGAACUGAGCUACUUUCGAUUCCUCUGGACUCGUUGCAUUUGGUAGUCUUUUCGGCAACUUCGCUCGCUCAAUUCUCGCUCGCUUCUGAUCUGCCUGCAGUAGUAUCGCUACGAACUACGGGGUAUGCCUUCAUCCUUGUUAACACCACCCUUGUCCGUAUUCUGGUAAACCAGCCAACGCUGGUAAAAUCUAUUCCCGCUACGUUGCGACAAUACUUGGUAAGAUUAUCUGGUGAGGCCGACAUGAUCGUUAGUUUACUUCCCUAUUCCUUGCUAUUCAGCCUAGAUCAUGGAGUUGGCAACAAAAUGGUAACUAAGAACGGCAUGUUCAUGAUCAUCGAAAACCCAAGCGACGCACAAGCCAACGCCCAGAAAGGGGGCUGUGAACUUUAG